AUGUUUAAGAAGUCGGACAAACCGCUUUAUGGUAACGAGCGUUUCGAAGGAUACUGCAUCGACCUGGUGAAGGAGCUGGCGGCCAUCUUGGGUUUCCACUACGAGGUGCGGCUGGUGGAGGACGGGCGCUACGGCGUCCUGGACGAAGCCACGGGCCAGUGGAACGGCAUGGUGCGCGAGCUCAUCGACCACAAAGCCGACCUGGCCGUGGCGCCGCUCGCCAUCACGUACGUCCGUGAGAAGGUGAUCGACUUCUCCAAGCCCUUCAUGACCCUGGGCAUCAGCAUCCUGUACCGGAAACCCAACGGCACCAACCCCGGGGUCUUCUCCUUCCUCAACCCGCUCUCCCCCGACAUCUGGAUGUACAUCCUGCUGGCCUGCCUGGGCGUCAGCUGCGUGCUCUUCGUCAUCGCCAGGUCACCUCCCUCUCAGGCCUUUGGAGAUCGGCCCACACUGUUCUAG